AUGGUAUUCAUGUGGGACCCACUAUCGUGGGUCAUGGAGGGUGCCUCGCUUGCCGCUAUCGCCCUAUUGAGGAAUUACAAAACUUCGUCGGCACGCAUAGACUCCCUCGCUCCGAAGACCAAGGCCGAACGCGCUGGCCAAUGGAAGGAGAUUGAGUCUGCGGAUCUCGUCCCUGAUGACAUGGUCUCGUUCAAGAGCGGUGACAUUAUUCCCGCCGACUGCAGUCUGACAGAGUCCAUCAACGUGUCGCUCGACCUGGCUGCCCUCACUGGCGAGUCGUUGCCUCAGAAGGCUGACGAUCAAUGCUUCUCCUGGGAGGGAUUAAGGGCGUCGUCAUCUCCACCGGUCUCCAUACGUUCAUCGGUCGCCCUGCGUCGCUCGUUGGUCAGGACGGCGACAUCACCGGUCACUUCCCGAAGAUUCGCACAGAUCGGCUCUUUCUGCCUGAUCUCCAGCGGUAUCUUCGUCAUUGCCGGGAUUUUCUGCGUGUACGCUGGUUUCCACUACAACUACUGCCAUGGCCUCUAUGGUAUCCUAGUGCAUUUGAACGGUGGCAUCCCCAUUGCCGUCUUGUCCGUUACCCUGGCGCUCAGCAGCUUGCGAAGUACAAGGCCAUCGGCACUCGUAUCAAUGUCAUUGAGGAGCUCGCCGCUGCAUUCUGUGUUCCGACAGACUGGCACUCUGAAGAUCAACACACUCAACAUCGGCCGCGAGACCAUUCACCCUUUCUCUGUUGAGGAUGUCAUUCUCUGCGCCGCGUGCGCUUCACGAACUAGGGCGCUAUCAACUCUUGCGUCUUCGCCGCUCUCGCCGACAUCACUCGCGCGCGCCUUGGUGUCAAGCUGCUCGACUUCAAGCCCUUCAUCGCACGGUCAUACCUACCGUGAGGAGUCGACCGGCCGCCUCAAACGUGUUAUCAAGGGUAUGUAUGACCAGUAUCAUGAUCGAGCUCUGCACGAGCCGUAG